AUGUCCAGGACUUCUAGUGUUUGUCGUUCCUACAACAAAUAUUAUCCCUACACUGGCACCAUAACACCGUAUUAUAACGUUUAUACCUCUAGCGAAGAACCUAUAACUCUAACGAGCAUACCUGCGUACGCAAAUCAUUCAGACACUUGGCAGACCUGUCCCGAGUUUGUCCGCGGAAAUGGAUUGCAUUUGUCAAGAGGGGGUGAAAUAGACAUGGCGACGCUUGGCGAAAGAAUCAGAGCGAAAUUGACGAGGCUUUUCGAUAGGAAUGGGGUGAACAAUUUCGAGUUUAGAUCAACGGCAUCGAAACGAGGUGUCGGCAGCAUGAUAGCCUUUGUAAAGGGAGUUUUUAACGUUAGCCUCUCAGAAUGGUUGCCUAACGAAGCUAUGCUGUUUAGCGCGCUGAACAUGACAGAACACAACACUCGUUCACUAAUUUCCUAUGAAAAUACGUGGGUGCACAUGGAAAUAGGGCCGGGUAUCAAUGACACUUUGUUGAAGCCUUACGACACUUGCGCGCCUUGGAAGGAAGAAACUAACAGGGAAAUGGAGGCGUUUGUUAACGGUCCGGAAAUGACGAAAGUUUUCGACGACGUUGCUCGCCGUAUGAAAAUCCCGAGAAUCUAUAAGACAGAGAAAGUGUCUCUAUUAUACGACAUAUGCCGCUUCGAAAGAACCGUGUGCCCAAUCAAACCGUCGCCCUGGUGCGACAUGUUCACCGAGGACGAGAUGAAGGCCUUGGAGUACGAGGAAGAUCUCCAGUUUUACUAUGACGCCGGCCCGGGGGACACACUCAACAGCCAACUUGGAUGUCACCUUAUCCGGGACAUGUUCGAACGUUUCACGAAACUGGAGAUGAAUCAAACCCAAUCUCGACAUAUCGCCAAGCAAAACGGCGUGUUCUACUUCGCUCAUUCGCAUAUGAUAACGAUGUUCCUCAGCGCGUUGGGAAUCGGCAAGGACUCCGUGCCGCUUACGGCCACGAAUUUCCGAGACAUGAGUAAUAGAAGUUGGAGGAUUUCUAGAUUGGUGCCGUUUAACGCGAAUAUCGCGGCAGUUUUCCACAGGUGCAACACGAGCGAGGCUCCCUUCCGCGUCACCUUCUACUUAAACGAAUAUCCCUUGACUCUUGAAGGCUGCAAAAACGGAGUCUGCGACUGGGCGCAGCUGAAGAAGAAGUUCGAUACUAUUGCGGCUAAUUGCACCCCAAACAUUUGUCGAAAAAAUUAACGUGAUAUUAUCUUUUUCAUCACUUUGUGCAAGACAUCUUUUACUGCUUUGCAGCAAGAUUGGGACAUAAUCGACAUGUUAUGGGCCUACA